AUGCCUCCUUGCCAAAUUCAUUCGGCUCCUUCCCCUCCACCGAAGAAGGAUCUCUCUUCCAGCGUCUCCUUCAAAGGGUGGAGAUUUGCAAACAAGGCAUUUAAGCUUUGGGUUGGUAAAAUGGCAGCUUUGCACCGAGGCACAUGGAGGAAAGCUGGGAUUUAUGAAGCAGUCAUGGCGUCCACAUACAAAAUCUCUAAAAACACAGAUCUCGUUCUGGGUAUUGCUGAGAAAUGGUGUCCUGACACCAACACCUUUGUUUUCUCUUGGGGUGAAGCAACCAUAACCCUUGAAGACGUUAUGCUGCUUUCAGGUCUCCCUGUUUUGGGUUCACCUGUCUUUGCUGCUCUGGAUAGCUCAGGAGAGAAGAUUAAGGCGAAACUGGAUUUUGAAUGGUGCGCUAUUAAACGCAGAGGUAACGUCAAUUUUGUAACAACGGUGACAUGGAUAAAGAGAUUCAUGGACAGAGUCGAUGAGUAUGAUGAACAUGUAGCCUUUCUUGUCUUGUGGCUUACUUAUUUCGUUCUGCCAUCACGCUACCAUCAUGUCUCUCAAGAUGUUUUUCCAAUUGCUAUUCAUCUUUCAAGGGGUACUAGGGUUGCUCUUGCUCCUGCUGUUCUUGCUCACUUGUAUGCAGACCUAAGUCUCUUGAAAACCCACAUCACAUCUUUCAGCGAAUCCACCAAUACGGCUUGUAUUGAUCUGACUGCCUUGUUUAAGUUGGUUCAAGUUUGGACAUGGGAGAGAUUCACGGAACUACAGCCAGAACCUAAUCCCUUGCUAAAAGAUGAGCCAAGAUUGGCUCUUUGGAGUGAGAUGAAGCAGACAACCACUGAUGCGAGACUGAUCCUGGACAACUCCAAUAUUGACAGUUUCGAGUGGCGUCCCUACACAAAAACUGUUGAAAACUGGAGGUUUCCUCUGUUUUACCCUGAGCAAGCCAUGCGUGUUCCUGUUUCCUCGAGUCUUGAUGAUGAACUCAUCUCCUUUGCUCGAUGCAUCAGGGUUUCUGAGCUUGUUGGAGUUGACAAUGUGGAGCAUUACUUCCCCAACCGAGUGGCUUCACAGUUUGGAAUACUUCAGGAUGUUCCUCAUAAUGUUCACCGGGACAACCGCGCACGAGGUGCAGCUUGGAGUGAUUAUAAUAAGCCUAUCAGUGCAAUGGAAUUAUGCAUACCUUCCCGUUCUAUGAUACCUCGUGUUACCACGAGGUUCUGCGAGUGGUGGAGGAAGACGUUUCCAGAAUUCCAGAAGUAUUCUUCUAAGGAGAAGGGUGUUGUUGAAUCAGCAGAAACAUCGAAUGCAAGAAACAUCAUUGGUGAUAGUAUUGUUCCUUCAGGCGCUAGGAUGAACAGCACAAGCAGUGAAUCCAGUGAUGAAAUAACUAUAUCUGAGCGUUUAAACAAACGCAAGUGCAUGGAGGAAGCUCGAGACAAGAGACGCAAGGGCAUGGAGGAAGCUCGAGACAAGAGACGCAAGUACGUGAAUCAAGCUCGUGAAACAGGUUCUAAAACUGUGGCUGGUGAAAGUGGAAAGAAUAUGGCAUUGAUCCCAUUUGUUGGAAACAAAUCUUCAGAUCCUCCCCUUGGUGGUAAUAAAAGAGCACUUGACAUUGUUGUGAGCAAUGCUGAUCUGAUCGAUGAUGGCAGCAAGAAACCAAAGUGCAUGGAGCAAGCUCGUGACAAGAGACGCAAGUACACAAGUCAACCUCCUGAAAUAGGUUCUAAAAGUAUGUCUGAUGAAAGUGGAAACAAUAUUGCAUUGAUCCCAUUUGUUGGAAACAAGACUUCAGAUCCUCCCCUUGGUGGUAAUGAAGGAUUACUUGACAUUGUUGUGUAUGGAAGCAAUGCCGAUCUGAUCGAUGAUGGUAGCAACAAACCAGAGUGUUUGCUCAAAGAAGAUGGUAUCAUAGCAGGACGCUCAGAUGAGAAGUUGUGCAGUAAUGAAGCUAAGAAGGAAGUUGAUGACUCAUACGAAAAGAGAUUUGAAGAGCUGAAAGUGAUGUCAUCAACGUUAGAAGAGACUAUUAAUAAGGUACUAAAGAAGGUGACAUUGAUGAAAGAAAGGAAGGUCGAGAAACUGAGAAAAAUCGCAGCAGCUCGUUUGAUCUAGGCGGAUUCGAGGUUGUUCUGGGAAGUCCAAUGCAAGUAUAUAGAAUAAUCAAAGAUCAACCUCACCUCUCUGAGGUUUUGGUUUACUAUCUUUAUAUGUUUCAUUUGAACUCGGUUAUGAGCUAGUAGCUUCUUGGUGUGUUGCAGAUCAGAUACUUCUUACUGGUAUAUGCAUUUGUUUAUUCUGUAAUGGCGGUGUAGGCUAUAAUUUCCAGACUUUGAAUCAUAAGAA